AUGAGUGCCAACAAAAUAUUCCUGCGUUACUAUCCGCCAGGUCUGGCCAUAAACUACAGAACGCUGAAGGGCAGCGAGCGUCUGCGCCACUUCGAUCUGCUCGACCUAGAUACCAAAACAGAUAUUGAGCCUCUGGCGGAUAAGAUUCUAAUGCAAACUUUAGCUGAAGCCGCGGAGGAGGACAAGUCCCCCACGGCUGAGGAGAAAUCGUUGGCAACUCGUCCUUUUAGCGGCAGUGUCAGCAAUUCCCAGAACACCUUCAGUGCCUUGAAGCAAGCUUUGGGAAAACUGCAGAGAAAACUUCGCGAACCAGUCAAAAAGAAGUUUUAUUUGCACAAAUGCCACACUUCCCACAUCCUGCCGCUGACAAACGUGUGUUUCGACCGAAGCGGCGAUCGUUGCAUCACCGGGAGCUACGAUCGCACCUGCCACGUGAUCAACACCCAAACAGCUGAGGUGGAGCACAUCCUCACUGGGCACGACAAUGUGGUAUUUUCGGUGGAUUUCAAUCAUCCCAAUUGUGACAAAAUAGUAACUGGAUCGUUCGAUGGCACUGCCAAGGUUUGGUCCACCAGCAGUGGACAGUGUCAGUGCACCUUUUACGGGCACACCGCUGAGCUGGUGGCCGCUGAGUUUCAUCCGCUGAAUGCCAGUAGUAUAGCCACGGCUUCCAUGGACGGCACUGCCAGGAUAUAUGAUGUGGAAACGGCGCACGAGCUUCACCAAUUGACCCAUCAUGGAGCCGAAGUGAUCGCCGCACGGUAUAAUCGCGAUGGGAACUUGCUCUUGACAGGAUCUUUCGAUCAUACGGCAGCUAUUUGGGAUGUGAGGAGUAAAAACCUCUGCCAUCAGCUACGUGGUCACAGCUCCGAGCUAUCCAACUGCAUUUGGAACUUUAGUGGAUCCUUGAUAGCCACCGGUUCCCUGGAUCACACUGCUCGGAUUUGGGAUACCAGAAAGCUGGACCGCGAACUCCAUCUGGCGGCCAAGCACAGCGACGAAGUGCUGGAUAUUAGCUUCGAUGCCGCUGGAAGACUCUUGGCCACCUGCAGCAGUGAUUGCACGGCGAGGGUGUGGCAACUAGAGGGAUCGUCAGAGCAGUUGGAAAUGCUCUCAUUAAUGGCUGGCCACACCGAUGAGGUGUCCAAGGUGUGCUUCAGUCCCAGUGGCUGCAUGCUGCUGACAGCCUCGGCGGAUAACACGGCCCGGCUAUGGCUGGCGGAUUCAGGAAUGUGCUCCCAAGUGCUUUCCGGUCACGAAGCAGAAGUCUUUAGUUGCGCCUACAGCUACUCUGGCGACGCGAUCCUUACCGCUUCCAAGGAUAACACCUGCCGGUUCUGGAGGUGAUACGACUGGUACACAGUGCAGCUGAACGAAGAUUAGUUGGCCUGUUUACCAAAAAAUGGAGUGAAAGCACGGGUUUGG